CGGGGCUGCCCGCUCUGGGACGGGCGCCGCGGCGGGGCGGGGCUCGAGGCGGGCUACCUGCGGCGGGCCCCGCCGGCCCGGCCAGGCGCCCGCUGUGGAGACGCCGCGGGCGCGGGCGCUGUGUCUCGCUGAGGUGGGGGCCGGCGGCAUGAAGGUUAACUGGGGCGUCCUCUCCCCCGCCGUGGCCCUGGUGGGAGUUUCAAGCUUCGUCUUCCUCGUGGUGGCCAUCGCGACGGACUUCUGGUACAUCAUCGAUGCCUCCAAGCUGGAGGCGUCCCGUAACGGCACGGACGCCCUCAGCUCGCACUCGGGCCUGUGGCGGACCUGCCGCGUGAGAAGCAAAUGCUACCCUUUGAUAAACCCAUUCUGGCAUGAGAACGCAAACAUCACUGAUUCACACAGACAGCUUUUGUACAUGCAUGGAACAUUUGUCAUCCUGAUGCCCCUCAGCCUGAUACUGAUGAUUUUUGGAGGAAUGACUGGAUUCGUCAGUAUUCUUGCCAGGGCCUACCUACUGCUUCUAAUGACAGGACUGCUUUUUCUUUUUGGAGCUCUUGUUACACUUACUGGGAUCAGUGUCUAUAUUGCAUAUUCAUCUGCUGCCUUCAGAGAAGCUGUCUGCCUCUUGAGAAGUAAGGAUCUCCUGGUAGAAAUUGACAUCAGGUUUGGCUGGUCAUUGGCACUAGUCUGGAUCUCCUUCGCUACAGAAGUGCUCACUGGGGCUCUGUUUCUCCUGGCAGCAAGAGUUGUAGCUCUGAAACAGCGACGUGAACAGGCGUUAUGAACAACAUGUAUCAUUGCAACAACAGAACCCUGCAGAACCUAGAAAUGUGGAUUGCUUGGUCCAUCUGGUCAUUAGGGACAAUAAAAGUGGCAAGGCUGUGACUGAGUAUCUUGUCAGUUGCAGUAAACCCUUUUCCUCACAGUUAGUUAUAAAACACGAGGAUUCUGGUAAAUCAGUAAAACAUUUCAAGUCUUGUCAAUAAGGAAACCCUUGUGACUUUAGAAGAAAGCACAGUGCAGUGUUGUUUCUGAAAUAAUUUCAGUUAGCAGCUCAUAAGACAUCUCCAUUCAUUGCUUAGAACAAGGCAGAUUUCUUGCUUUCUUUCCUUUUCUCUGCUGUACUACCAAAGUGCCUCAGAGUACCUUGCAGGCCAGUACAUGUGGUCCACUUAGCUUUUGGUUUCUCCUCUGAGACUCCUAAUAAGUAUGCCUGUGAUUUCAGUCAUGCUGGCAGUCUCUACCAGCAGAGCUGCUCUGAGAUGGCUACUUCAUGGUAGGUAAUGUGAUCUUGAGUGCACCCUCAGCAAGUUUGUCAACCAUAGCAAACUGUGUGUUGCGGUUGACACGCUGGAGGGAAGGGAUGCCAUCCAGCAGGACCCUGACAGGCUUGAGAGGUGGGCCCGUGGGAACCUCGUGAAGUUGAACAAGGCCAAGUGCAACGCCCUGCACCUGGGUGGGGGCAAACCCCAGUAUCGAUACAGGCUGGGCAGAAAAUGUUUUGAGAGCAGCCUUGAGGAGGAGGACUUGGGGAUGUAGGUUGAUGAGAAGCUCAACAUGGCCUGGCAAUGUUCACUUGCAGCCCAGAAAGCCAACCGUAUCCAGGGCUGCAUCAAAAGCAGCAUGAUCAGCAGGUCAAGGGGGGGGAUUGUCCCUCUCUACUCUGCCCUUGUGAGACCCCACCUGCAGCGCUGUUUUCAGCUCUGGGGCCCCAGCAUAAGGACAUGGGCCUGUCAGAGCCAGUCCAGAGGAGGCCAUGAAGGUGAUCAGAGGCUGGAGCAGCUCUCCUGUGAAGGCAGGCUGAGAGGUGGGGUGGUUCAGCCUGGAGAAGGCUCUGGGAGACCUUAUAGCAGCCUUCUAGCACCUACAAGAAAACUGGAGAGGGACUUUUUACAAGGGCACUUAGUGAUAGAACAGGGGGAAUGGCUUUAAACUGAAAGAGGGUAGAUUUAGGUGAGAUACAAGGAGGAAAUUCUUCCCUGUGAGGGUGCUGAGGCGCCGGCACAGGCUGCCCAGAGCAGCUGUGGGUGCCCCAUCCCCGGCAUGUCCAAGGCCAGGCUGGACGGGGCUGGGAGCCACCUGGGCGGGUGGGAGGUGUCCCUGCCUGUGGCAGGGUCUGGGACUGGGUGAUCUUUAAGGUCCCUUCCAA